AAUAUUUGGAAAAAAAUAACGGUAGUGAUCAAUUUCUCAACUCACGUGGAAACUGUGAUUAGUGCAUGAGGAUUUCAUCAUCCUAGGAUAGAAGAAGUUAUGGAAAACGAGGAAAGAGACAAUGAAAGUGCUUCAAGUGAAUCAAAGAAUGUGCGUGAUGUGCAGGAGGCUGUGGAUUCCCAAACGGAAGACUUGAAAAGUCUGGAAGUGCCUACUGAGGGAAUCACAUUGUCUGAGCAGAAAGCCAACACUGAUCUUCCGGAAGUCACUGAAAGUGAUCUCAAGGAAACAAAAGAAGAAAUUCCCAACAAAGCUGAAGAGCCAGAAAUAGUUCAAAACUCAAUGGAAGUUCCUGUUCCUGCAGAAGAAGAAGAAAAAACGGUUAUUCCUCCUGACCAGGCGGAGAAAUCACAGAAACGUGAACAAGAUGAGUCAAAGAAUAUCCCAGAAAAGGAACAGCCUUCAUUAAAACCGUCAAAAGAGAGAAAAUCAAGAAAAUCCAAGGUUAAUCAUGGAACAAGUUCGUCAGAAUAUAUUCCAGGACAUUUCUUUAAAUUGGAACUCAUAAGGAUUGUUAAGAACUAUCCCUGCAUCUAUAACAAGAAUCAUGAUCAUUUUAAAGAUCUUCAAGCCAAAAAGGCUGCAUGGAGGAAGAUAUCCAACAAAUUGUCGAUUAAGAUGAAAAUUUGUAUUGUGACGUUUAGGGAUCUCCUUGAGAGAUUCUCUGCAAUUUAUGAGUCUUCAGAAGCUUCACAAUCAUCAAAGGACGUUUCCCAGGGAGGUGAUUUUCCCUACUACAAGGAGAUGCUCUACAUCAUGGAGGAAACAGUGCAAGAGGAGGUGGAUGUGAAUGAGAAGAGAGUCGGGAAGAAGAGAAAAAAGGAGAAGAAGAAGAAAUCGGGGGAAGAGAAGAAAGAUCGACGCAUUGAAGGAGCAACAUCUUCAUGUCCUGACAAAGAAUUGGCAGGAAGCUCAAAGGAACAACCCCAAGAGAGAGGCACAGAAGCUCCUCCAGCUGCUGCAGAAGGUGACGAUGAUGACGUAAUUUUAAUUGAUCCCGUCGUUGAUUCAAUUGUAAUCAGCUCAGAUGAGGAGUCAGGAAAUUUGCCAAUGAAUGAAAACAAGAAGGAAAAUCCUACUGUUCCUCCGCAGAAAACACCAAUCUUUGAUAUCAACGUCCCAUUAAUCAGAGCUGUGAAGGACAAUCCCUGUCUGUAUAAUCCACAGAACGGAAAUUACCUCAAUCGUACCAUUAGGACGCACACCUGGUAUAAGAUUGCAAGGCAAUUGGGAGCAAUACCUAAUGAUUGUCAGGAGAGAUUCUUGUGGCUUUACAAAAAUUUCCUUGAUUACUUCGUCAUGGAAAAUAUUCACUCCCAAAUACCAAUUGAUCCAGCUCGGAAGUUCCCAUACUAUGAGGAAAUGCUCUUUGUUACUGCUUCACUGGAUGUUCCGCCAUCUCUGGGAAGUCCCGGAUACUUGUGCACACAGCAGGAGGAAUUCAUACUCAGAGAGAGUAUAUGGAGGAGUAUUAAAGUAUUUACAGACAAUAGCGUCCCAUUGAGAUCGGAAGUGAAUGCAUUUCAGGCACGACAGAACCAACAAAGGUGGAGAUUACCUAAUAAGAAGAAUCAAAGGGUUCGUCAUCCAUCUGCUGCGGAAGUUCCAGCAAAGAGAUUCAAGAAGAAUCCUGUUUUGCAGCAACCGCGUCUUGUGACACAGAAUUCACAGGCGAAGGUGCAAGAAGGCGAAACAGAGAAAAUGGAUGUUGAUGAACCUGAAAAUGGGACUUCUGUGUCGGAGAAUUCUGCACAGGUUGGAAUUCCGAACGUUAAUGAGGGAGGAGAAGAAGGAGGAGGAAAUGCAAAGGAACCCCCAAUGGAGACAAAAGACGAUCCUGAUGAGAUUUCUUUGGAAAAUACAGCACAAGGUGAGAAUCCAAAUGAUGGUGAUAGCCCACAGGACAAGGAUCAAGCCACUGAGGAAGGUAAUCAAACGAAGGAAGAACCAAAGAAUCCAAUAGAUGGAGCAAAAGACAGUGAGAAUGAAGCUUCAGAUGGAUCAAAGGAAGUUCAAUCAUUGGACGAAAACUCAAAAGAGGAAGAUAAAGCAGAAGAUCCUGCAAAUGUGGACGCAAAUGAUCAAAAGACAAAUCAUCCAGAUGACCAAAGGGAACCUUCUGACAAUUUCAACGUUCAGCUAAUAAGAGCUGUGAAGAGUAAUCCCUGCCUCUAUGACAUUCAAAAUUCAUUUUACCUCAAUCCCUUCUUUGCUGAUCGAAUUUGGGAUGAAAUUGCGCAAGAAUUGAGAACAACACGACAUGACUGCAAAAAGGCUUAUUCGCGGCUCUUUGGGAAAUUCAAGGAUAAUUUCCUCGAGACGUUGCAAGGAAAGCAGUCAGAACAGUUUGUCUAUUACAAUGAAAUGAUCUUCCUUGUGCCAUAUAUCAUUCAGAAUUAUUCGAGGGUGGGUCAGCAGCAGGAGGGAGGAUGUCUGGGGAAUGAUGAUGUACGUUUUUGUGGGCAAAGUUCAGCGGGGAAUAAUGCGCCCAGAUGGAAACCUAUUUGGCCAGGAAAUACUACUUUUGCCUCAAUUCGAUCUUUGGCACAAAAUUCGCAAACUUCCCAAAAUGAGACAACGACGAAUACUGCAGGAACUGCAGAAAUGGGGGCUGAAGGGAAGAGAGAUGAAGAGAAAAUGAGUUCUUCAACAGCAACAUCCACAUCACAGCCAAAUGAGUCAGAUCAAUCAAUUCAGGACGCAGAAUCCUCUCCUAAUGAUACAGAAGAAGCGACGAAACAGGGAGAAAUGAAUGAGAACCAAGAAUCCAGAGAAUCUCAAGGGAAGGAGAAUGUUGAGGAAGCACAAGGAAAUGCAGAGAAUUCCCCAGAGCGCAUCCUGCAGGAUCAUGCGAGCAUAGAAUUAUUCUUCAAAAGCAUCAUGCAACAGGUUAAGCGAUCUAAUCUAACGGAACAGGAUUUUAUUGAUCUACAAUUGGCUGUUAUUAAUGCCCUGGCCACAACACUCAAUAAGUCAUCGAAGAAUUAAUGAAAAUUAUUCCUUUUUGAAUUUCUUUAUUUUCUUCAAUGUUUAAUGUCAAAGAAAUGAAAUUAACUGAAACAAUAAAAAGAAUUAUUUGGAAA